AACCUGUUGCGGCCCGUCGCGUGAUCUACGCGCGGCAUCCUGGGACAGCUGGGUCGACGGGUGGCUGACGAGCGUAGGUCGCCGCGAUGCCGAAGAAGAAGACCGGGCAGAGGAAGAAGGCCGAGAAGCAGAAGCUGCGGCAGAAGGAGAUCAGGGCCGCCAAGGAACAGGUCGACCUAGCCAAAUUUCCGUGCAACUCCGUGAUGGAGUGCGACAAGUGCAAUAAGAAGCAAAAGAGCCGUGCCUUCUGUUACUUCUGCCAGAGUUUACAGCGGCUGCCCAUGUGCGCGCACUGCGGCAAGAUCAAGUGCAUGCUGAAGACGGGGGACUGCGUGGUGCGCCAUCCCGGGGUCUUCACCACGGGGCUGGGAAUGGUGGGAGCGAUAUGCGAUUACUGCGAGGCCUGGGUGUGCCAUGGGAGACGUUGCCUCACCAGCCACGCCUGCACUUGCCCGCUGGCGGACGCCGUUUGUCAGGAGUGCGAGAGGGGCGUUUGGGAUCACGGCGGGAGGAUCUUCAAGUGCUCGUUCUGCGACUGUUUCUUGUGCGAGGACGAUCAGUUCGAACAUCAGGCGUCCUGCCAAGUGCUGGAAGCGGAGAGUUUCAAAUGCCAGUCGUGUAAUCGUUUGGGGCAGUACUCUUGUCUCAGGUGUAAGACGUGCUACUGCGAGGAUCACGUUCGUAGAAAAGGUUUUAAAUAUGAGAAGAACAAGGCUAUUCCUUGCCCGAAGUGCAGCUACGAGACGUCGCAGACUAAGGAUCUAAGCAUGUCCACGAGGAGUCACAAGUUUGGCAGGCAAAACCAAGGUGGUCCAUCCGAGUCCGACGAUGAGAACGGAUAUAAUUAUGGAAAUCAAGAGUCUUGUUAUGGAACUGUUAGUUAUGCAAAUGAAGACGAAGAUGAUGACGACUACGACGAUGACGAUGAGGAGGAGGAGGAGGAGGAUGAUGACACGGAGGAUGACGACGACGAUGAGUCGUCAAGUGCAGAUGAAGAAAAGAAAGAUACUAAAACACAAGAAACUUCAGAUAGUAAUGAAAACAAGGCUUAACACUCAUCUACACAGAUGUACAAAAUAGCAAUAAAUGAAAACGAGAUAUCAAUUACUGAAACGUUCAACCACGCAAGUAUGGAAGAAGAAAUUCGAGAAUUCAUGAAAAGGAAAUGGUUACGACAUUUUGUAAAAUACAGAUUGAUUUCAAAUUCCUAGAUAUUUGUAUAUUUAAUAGGCACAAUAUUCAAGUUUGAUAGACCAUUUAACGCAAACAUGUGUCGGGGAUACCUGUACGGGGUACAGCAAAUUGAGCAUUCAGCAAGUACAGCAAUGAGAAAAUAAUCGUGAAGAAAUAAACGUUGUUUAUUGUA